AUGGCUACUUUUACAAAAUUGGCAUUCUUAGCCAUCCUAGUGAGCAGCAGUUACGGGGGAGUGUUGCACGGACAAAGCCAUCAUGAUGUCAUCGAGCACCACGACCACGUAGACCAUGUCGACCAUCAUACAUCAGGCCUUUCAGCUCCUGGUGUCUCCAGUUACGGCGGCUCCAGUGCUUUGGCACACUCCAGUUUUUCACCUAGCAGCUUCCCGGCUGGAUCUCUUCCCUCGGCUACUUAUAGCGGCGCUGGAUUCGUCGGUGGAGCUGCCUCUCACGGGCUCGCUGGCGCGUCACUUCACUCACACUCUUUUGAUGGAUCAGCGUUAACUGGAGCGGCGUUAACCGGACCCGCAUUAGCUGGAGGAGCAAUUGGUGGCGUUGUAGCUGGAGGCGCGAUCGCCGGUGGACUUGGAGCAGGAUUGGCUGCACCUUUGCCUGGCGCAGGAUUAAUUGGAGCGGCCGGAGCGCUCGGUGCUGCCGGCGUAGCGGCUCCAGGCGGCGAAGCCCCCCCACCAGGACCCAAAGCCCCCGUCAUCAACGAAAUUCACGGCCUGGCCAACGGCAACGGAGCUCCGACUCGGUACCGCGUCCGUGAAGAACGCUACAACGUUUACAGACAGGUCACUCACAGAGUGCCACAGCCCGUGCCUGUUCCAGUCCCUCAGCCCGUACAAGUGCCUGUACCCCAGCCUUACCCCGUCCAAGUACCAGUCGUAAGAAACGUCCCAGUACCAGUUGUCAAGAUUCAACACGUGAAAGUUGACAAGCCCGUGCCUUACCCGGUAGAGAAGAUUGUGAAAGUGCCCGUGGAGAAGGUCGUACAUGUUCCCGUUGAGCACCCAGUACCCGUUGAGAAAGUCGUCGAAGUCCCUGUUGUGAAGUACGUGAAGGUACCUGUGCCAGUUGUGAAGACUUACCCGGUUCCUCAUGUGAAGACGGUCCACCACAAGGUGCAUGAACAUCACCAUUCCCACCACGGCCACGGCUGGCACGGCUGGUAA